UCAGGCAGCGGUUUCGGCUGGUGCGUCGGAGCAUCGCUCCCGUUUGCACACGUUCGUUUGUUUUGGAAGUAAGCAUAAAUUGAUUUCGCGUCAGUACAGGAUUGCCAGCUCGUUUUGAAGGUCGCACUUUCCGAGGACAAAAUAGGCUACCCCAGGAGGCGGUGAUUCUGAGCACCGCAGGUGCCGCUUCAUGUCCGUAUAUCACGCCCAGGUGUCCCGCUCGGUUUUUGCAGCCGGUAGGGAGAUGACCCAGGAGAUGGUGAAGGAUCUGCGACUCGGAGCCAGGGAAGACCGGGCCUCCUAUCAGAUCUUCCCGGACGCCUCAGACCUGAAGCGCUGCUGUGCGCUGCUGGAGCAGCUGCCGUCCAUCGUGGUGGAGCCCCCAGAGGGGGAGGUGGAGAGCGGAGAGCUGCGCUGGCCCCCUGAGGAGAAGGAGAAGGAGGAGGAGGAGGAGAGGAAGGCCGGGCAGCCAGUGCAGAGCUCCUAACACUGACGACUCCUUGCAGGCCUACACAUGGACAGACGCACACAG